CGUUCACUUCGGUGCUUGUGUUGUGAGCGAGCGAGGGUUGAAGACGGUAGGGUGACAAGGGGAACAUGGAAGUGGUGACGCUGCUGGUGGUGGCAGCAUGCAUGGCAGUCUACGUGUUGUGGUUUUCGCGGCUGGCGUCGCGUCUCACCGGCCCGCGGGUUUGGCCGGUCGUCGGUAGCCUGCCGGGACUGAUUCAGCACUCGGAGCGCAUGCACGAGUGGAUCGCCGACAAUCUCCGCGUCAACGGCGGCACCUAUCAGACCUGCAUCUGCGCCGUGCCGGGGCUCGCCCGCCGCCAGGGGCUGGUCACCGUGACGUGCGACCCCCGGAAUUUGGAGCAUGUCCUCAAGACCCGGUUCGACAAUUAUCCCAAGGGCCCGACCUACCACGCCGUCUUCCUCGACCUCCUCGGCGACGGCAUCUUCAACUCCGACGGUGAUACCUGGCUGUUCCAGCGCAAGACCGCGGCGCUGGAGUUCACGACCCGCACCCUCCGCCACGCCAUGUCGCGAUGGGUCUGCCGCUCCAUCCACCUCCGCCUCCUUCCCAUGCUGCAGGACGCCUCCCUCAAGUCCGGUGUCGUCGACCUCCAGGAGCUCCUCCUCCGCCUCACCUUCGACAACAUCUGCGGCCUGGCGUUCGGGAAGGACCCCGAGACGCUCGCCCCCGGCCUCCCGGAGAACGCCUUCGCCGUGGCCUUCGACCGCGCCACCGAGGCCACUCUCAACCGCUUCAUCCUCCCGGAGUCCAUGUGGCGGUUCAAGAAGUGGCUCCGGGUCGGCAUGGAGGCCACGCUCUUCCGCAGCGUCGCGCACGUCGACCGCUACCUCUCCGCCGUCAUCAAGACCCGCAAGCUGGAGAUCGACGACGGGCAGAACCAUGACGACCUCCUCUCCCGCUUCAUCAAGAAGGGCACGUACUCCGAGUCUUUCCUGCAGCACGUGGCGCUAAACUUCAUCCUCGCCGGCCGAGACACCUCCUCGGUCGCUCUCAGCUGGUUCUUUUGGCUCGUCUCCUCCCAUCCCCACGUCGAGCGCCGCAUCCUCCUCGAGCUCGCCUCCGUCCUCCACGAAUCCCGCGGUCCCGACACAAGCGCAUGGCUCGCCUCCCCGUUCACCUUCGAGGAGGUCGAUCGCCUCGUCUACCUGAAAGCGGCGCUCUCGGAGACGCUCCGUCUCUACCCGUCCGUACCCGAGGACUCGAAGCACGUCGUGGCCGACGACGUCCUCCCCGACGGCACGUUCGUACCCGCUGGCUCCUCCGUCACGUACUCGAUCUACUCGGCCGGGAGGAUGAAGUCAGUGUGGGGGAACGACUGCCUGGAAUUCCGGCCCGACCGGUGGCUUUCGUCGGACGGGAAGCGGUUCGAGAUGCAGGACUCGUUCAGAUUCGUGGCCUUCAAUGCCGGCCCGCGGAUCUGCCUCGGGAAGGACCUCGCCUACCUCCAAAUGAAGUCCAUCGCCGCCUCCGUGCUGCUGCGACACCGCCUUAACGUCGCCCCGGGCCACCGCGUCGAGCAGAAGAUGUCGCUCACCUUGUUCAUGAAGCACGGGCUGAAGAUGAACGUGCAUGACCGCGACAUGGAUUCCAUUGCCAGCGAGGUAAGGAAGACUCGGCAGUCGGCGGCGGCAGUUCCCGCCGAGGUCGUGGCCGCUGGUGCCUGAGCGCCGAGUGCAUGCGCCUGCUCGUAGUACAAUAAGCAAUGGUGGUAAGGUUAACGUUGCACGACCGCGACGCAUGGUUUGCGUACACGUAAAUUAGAUGGUAAUCAAGGAAGUCGGUGUCACUAUACGACAAAUAAUAUCAUAUAAUAUAACAUAUGUAAUGGAAUUGUAUUAUGUCUCAUGUUAUAGAUGGGUUCCUUAAAGUGCAAA